AUGUCUUCUCGUAAGAGAUCCUCCUACAGAAGGAAAGCAUCUGUUUUAGCUGGCCUGGAAGCCCUCAAUUCCUUUAAGGUUCCGAAAAAGCAGAGUAAUUUAUCACUUCUUCAAAAUGUUGACUUAAAUUCUGUGGAUUAUUCCGAAGAAAUCUAUCCUCAAAUUAAUCAGAGUUUUCGUUUUCCUCAACUUUCAUCUUAUUUUGAUGUUGAAAAAGCUUGGUUUAUUCAUAAUAAAACAUUAGAAGAUUUAUUUUCUCAAGCUCGUAAAAGAUUUCAAAAAAAUCCUAUCAACAAUAUUGUUACAGGCGUAGAAUCAAGUUUAUGUACUGGUUUUUUAGUAGUUAAUAAUUGGAAUGAUGUUGAGAAAAUCGCUAGUGAUGGUCUUAUUCCUGGUAAUGAUCCAGAUACUUGGCUUGGCCAACAAAAGUUAGGUCUAUCAGUGAAUCAGUGUGCAGAUUUAACAAUCGCUCGAGAACAAAGUCGUUUGUCGGGUAAAAAUAGUAACCAAUUUCUUUACUUAAUUAUGGUUCGCUGGAUCAAAUCUCGAGCGUAUAUUGUAUCGCCAGAAGCCGAGAAUAGCAAAGAUCGUUUAGAACCUCAACCCGGCUAUGCUUGCCAUGUUUCCACCUGGUCUCGUAUGGACUUAUUAGAUCCAAGUAAAUUAACUUUGGAACAAGCAUUUCAUUUAUCUCAAGUGUAUUUAUACGAAUUUGAUGAAGAUUUAGAAUUACGCACAAAGCUAGAACAUGUAAUUCCCUACGCUGUUUUAAAAUGUCGUUGGAUGUUGACUUCCAAUGUAGCUUCAAAACUCGAUACAAUCUCUGUAGCUAGUGGUUCCAUUUUGAUUAUUUCACCACAACCAGAUAUCUCAUGUCUUUUGUCUGUAUCACGUACAGCUCUACUGCCAACUCCGCAAAUCCCUCGUAUUCAUAAGAAGUCUUCUCGUGCUCAAUCACACAAACCUGUCAUGUUGAAUUUUGAUAAUAAGUCAAAAUCCAAAAUUGCUCAUUCUAAUGUGUCAGGAUGUAAAAAUCGUUACAGAUAUAAAGCACCUGCACUUCUACCUAGUCCUACUUCACUCAGUAAUAAUAAUAGUGUACUUCAAAGCCCUCCUAUAAAUACUACUAUGUCUCCUGUUGGUUCUGUUACCACUGUCGGAUCAGAUAAUAAUUCAGAUCAAUUAUCAUCUCCAGUACAAAGAUCAAAGCGGCAAGAUCCUGGUGUUUUAAGUAUUUACAUUGCAAAUGCACGGAAAUUACAGGCAAAUUGUAAUUUGUUUCAAUUUUCUGAAUGCAUUAAAUCUAUUGAUAAUAACACAGUGACUGAUAUAAGUAGUACUUGUAGUGGUGGAGUAAUAAAUUAUGAUAAUCGUAAUCAUAAUAAUACAAUUGUUGAUGAAUUACCUUCAACUGUUAUUGGGGUUUCAUUACUUGUAUGGGGCUAUCCAAAACCAGAAUAUUCAUUGGCAGUGGAAAUAUCAACUUUUCGUAAAGGUGAAAUAACUGUAUUCGAUGGCAUACUUCAACCAUGCCUACAUAUACAACGGCUAGUUGCUCAUACAUCUUUACACUAUGAACUUGCUGGUUUACAACCUUGGACAACGAAACCGUUCGAUUUGAAUGGACCUCCAGUCUUAGUCUCUGUCCCACGUGAUCAAGAAUGGUGCCUUCCUCGUUUGAAUCCUGUUAAAGCAUCAUCACUACAGUCGGAUCCAAGUCCAUUUGGUGGUUAUCGAGGUAAUUAUUUCCGUCUAACAUUGCACGAUGAAUCUGGUGGACGUCGGACAGAAAUGGCACAAUUAUGUCAAGCCUUACAGAAUAGUGCAAUGGCUGGUGUUGUCUUUAUGCCUUGUGAUGAAUCUAGUAUCAUGUUUUUAUUCCCUGAAUGUCAAUUUUCCAAGUCAAUAGGCAUACCUGUUGUUGAUAAUUUGGAUAGGAAUUUUCUACAUGCAAUAUUACUUACCCCUCAUAGUUUACAUCGAUAUCCAUAUAGUGAAAUGUGUUGUUGUCAAUCAAACAAUGAUGUUGUCACCCCUACUUCAAAUGUAUCACCAUUUGCAGUGGCUUCUGCUUUACCGAUGGGAACAUCUACAGACAAAUUAUUUGGACAACGGAAAACAAAGGACACUGAUUAUCGACGACCUCCAACAAACUGGUCUAGUGAGCGUCAUCAUCGUCGUCCUUCCCUACUAGGCACUUACGUAGAUUCAUCCACAUCCAGUGGUUCUGAAUCUCAGCCUCGAUAUUCAUUUUAUCGACCAAGAGGAUCAAAUUCUAAUUUUCCUAAGACCAGUCGUAAAAGAGCAUAUUCUCCACGUUCUUCGUCAUUGUUACCUGACGAUGAUAUCAAUAGACAUAAUCUACCACGUUUUCAAGAUGUAUCAUCGAAUACUAUUCAUCAACCUUCUUCAGAGUAUCGUCCUGAGAUUGCUCCACAUUAUCGUAAUAAACCCAGAGAUCAACCUUUACUUGGCCCACCUUGUAUACCUAUUAUCCCAUGUGUAAAUCCUGCCAUCUCUCAUACCCCUAAUCCCGGUUUACUUCCCAUGACUAUUAGAUAUCCUCCUCCUCAACUUACUUCAACUGUUCCACCUACAUAUAUAUGGUCUUCAAUGCAUCCAUUCUAUUCUCAAACUGUGAAUAUUUACAAUCAACCUUCAAAACCUUGGCAAUGA